AUGUCUUCUCACAAAGGAAAAGAGAGCACUAAUACACGUAAGAGAUGUUCUGCAAAACGUCUUGAUGGUAAACAGUGUCCGGGAGAUGGACAAUAUGAUGGUUCAACGGGCAAGAUUUGCGGUGCUUGUUACAAUAAAAUUCGGGGCCGGACAACAGUUGGCAAUAUAGCGUCUUCUUUCAAAGCACAGGAGUAUUCAUCAAAUAGAUCAUCACCAAGUAUCAGGCCACAACCUUUUACAGAUCAAAAGCGUGCAGAUCGGAGAACCAAAACCGAAACUCAAUCAUACAAUGAUGGAGCAUCGAGAAAUAAGGGAAAAAGGCGUGCCUCGAAAACUCCUUCAAGCGGACAACGGACACCUGAGUAUGUCCCAGUUUCACCAGGUACAACAGCAAUUGGCACAUCUGAAGGCCUAGAUUGGUCUCCGAGUCUUCAAACUCCAGCUUAUGGACAAAGAAGUUAUCCUGUAGAGUAUGAGUCAUAUAAACCUCCACAACCUCAACAUCAUACAGUUUCACCCGAUUUAACUGGAACUCGCUCACCUGGAUUUCAAACUUCAAGAUACGGGCAACAAGGAGACCCGGUAGAAUUUGAAUCAUAUCAAACUUCAUAUCAUCCACGAUCACCCGAUGUCAGAGGUUUCGCAAUACCAGAGACCGAAAUCGCUCCUCGUGCCUAUGCGACACAAGUGGUUGAACAACCAUUCACGCAAUCUGUUGAUGGGCAGCACACUCAGUAUGCAAACAGAAAUUGUGAUGAAGGGGAUCUUUAUAGUGCUAAUACGCCUCCGAAUGAAAUUUGGCAAUCAUCAUCUCUGACGAGUGCAUAUCCACGACGAACUCCUGUAGGAAAUUCCCAAGAUCCCGGGCAUCCGCGAAGGAUUAGACAAUGGGAAAGCGGAUAUUCAAGGGAGAGAGAUGGUGGCAGCAUAUCACAUCAUAGCACUACUCCCGCUGGUGGUGAAAGCUCAUUAGUAUUUAACCCAAUGCCAACCGUAUCUAACAUCCAGUCACAGAUGUGUUCGACAAGCAUCGAGGGUCAGAAUAUAGUUACAACCUCCGAUAUUAGAGGAAGUUAUCAUCAAAUGCCAUCUAAAAGCAACGCUCCUUUGGAUCCUGGUGCAGGGCCGAGUUUUCCUCCUUUACCGGAAGUAGCACAGGGGGUAAUAAAAGAUAAACGAUGGGAAAUUGAAAGUCGACAAUGGGAACUGAACAAGAUUCAAAUGCAAAGACUAUAUCUGGAUCAAUAUCCCGCAAGCGAUUCUGUGUCUGAGGGACCUGAAGAGUUUCGUGCCCAUCUUCUAUUUGCCAUGUCGCUUGGAGAGGGUCUGAGGUGCAAUACUCGAGACAGUAAUCGACAUCGCUGUGAAAACAGUACUGUGCCAGGUAAAAGGUAUUUUUACUGUGAUAUAAAAAACCACAACGACCAAAACAAUCCCAAAUGGUAUAGAGGCAUGCUCAGAAAGACUCCCAAGAGAGGAGAAUGUUUCCAAGUCAUGGAGAGUUCUAAUGGAGUAAAAUGUCCUACAAGGCGCCAAUGUGGCUGCAAAACUAAGGAAACUUAUUGUGGUCUAGAAUAUCAUUGCGAAAAGUACUUGAAUGUACCUCAACCAAGAUAA